AUGAACGGGUACGAAUUCCUCCCAAAAACACCCGAGCUUGUCGAGCAGCGACGCAUUGCAUUAGAUUGGUACGCGAAUCUAGCGCAGACCUCGCAGCUUACAGUUCACCUGGUUAUCUUGAUCUGCGAAUUAGUCCAGGUGAGGAAAUUCACAAAAAAGUCUCGUCAGAGAGGCGACGCAGCUGUGCUGGCAAGAAACCUGAAGUUUACAUUGAGCACAGAAGUGGUCAAGGGAUAUGGCACAUAUGGGCAAUGGGUCUUUGGGAUAGCCUGGACGGCAUGGCUGGGAUUCUUAUGUAUUACCGAGACUGCGCCUGAUUACCUGCACCUCACGAAACGGUUCGGACUCGUCGCAGCCUCGCAACUACCGAUUCACUACCUCCUCGCUGCGACACCUCUUCAGCUCGCUCUUAGGAGUUCCUCCUACAGACCAAAUAUGUCAUUACACAAAGUCACCGGAAAGAUUAUCAUCGCCUUCUUCGCCGUCCAUAUGUCACUCUACAGCAUCUGCUUUGUGCAAAUGGGCAUAUUUUGGAAAAGUGUUCAGCAGCCAAACAUUGUAGUUGCUUUGAUCAGCGCUGGUAUUCUGUUUAUCAUUGGAAGCACGGCGACUCAAUUCUUCCGUCGCAGAUAUUACUCGUGGUUUUAUAUGUUGCACGUUAUCGGAUCAACUCUUGUGCUACCGCUGCUCUUCUUUCACGUUAACCAUAUCAGAAUAUAUCUAUUUGAGAGUGCGGCGGUUCUCAUUAUCAAUGCUGUCCUUCGCUCUCGAAACUGGUAA